UCCUAAAAACGUACAUUUGUGAGUCUCGAGGACUCGAGCAGGUGUAGUUCGACUCCGCCGCCAGGGGGCGCUGUUCUCACGAGGCUGUAGUGCUGAGGCUGGAGGCGGUGUUUUAUUGUAUGAAAACUGUUUGGGAUCAGUUCAGUCAUGGCGUCUGGGAAGACGGUGGAUUGCAGCGCUUCCCGCGGAUAACCGUGAACGAACCGAUUUAACGCGACUCCAUCCGCUGCUCUGCGCGCUGCUCCCGCGGAAUAUCGUUUAACGACACCGUGACGGAGCUAUCCGGACGCUAGGAGGAUUCAUUCAGCAGUAAAGGUAGGUUUGCAGCAGUAUGGUGGAGCCAGAGGAGCGUCCCUCAGUGGCGGGCCAGAGGCUUGGGGCCCCUGAGAGCAUGGGCAUCAGUACGCUGGAGCCUGGUCAGCGGCCCCCCACCAUGCCCCCCGGCAGACAGGUCUCCAUCCGGGUCCAGAUGCUGGAUGACACUCAGGAAGUCUUUGAGCUCUCGCAACGGGCUCCAGGGAAGGUGCUGUUUGACCUUGUUUGUGCUCACCUGAACCUCAUUGAGGGCGAUUACUUCGGUCUGGAGUUUCAGGACCAGCAUAAAAUGAUCGUGUGGCUGGAUCUGCUGAAGCCGGCUCUGAAGCAAAUCAGACGACCCAAGAACACCAUCCUGCGCUUCGUGGUGAAGUUCUUCCCUCCAGAUCACUCGCAGCUUCUAGAGGAGCUGACCAGGUAUCUUUUCGCCUUGCAGAUCAAGCAUGACCUGGCAUGUGGACGUUUAACCUGCAAUGAAAGCAGCGCCGCCCUGCUGGUGUCUCAUAUAGUGCAAUCUGAGAUUGGCGACUUUGAUGAGGUGCAGUGCAAACAACAUCUGCUCAACAACAAGUACAUUCCCGAGCAGGACACACUGAUGGACAAGAUCAUUGAAUACCAUCGGAAACACGUCGGGCAAACACCGGCUGAAUCAGACUACCAGCUUUUGGAGAUCGCACGAAGACUUGAGAUGUACGGAGUGCGUCUUUACCCCGCAAAAGAUCGCGAGGGUACGAAGCUCAGCCUCGCCGUGGCCCAUUCUGGUGUGCUAGUCUUUCAGGGACACACCAAAAUAAAUGCUUUCAACUGGUCUAAAGUCCGCAAGCUGAGCUUCAAAAGGAAGCGCUUUCUCAUAAAACUACGACCUGACUUAAAUCAAAGUAGCUGUCAGGAUACUCUGGAGUUCAUGAUGGGAAGCAGGGACUGCUGCAAGGUGUUUUGGAAGAUUUGUGUGGAGUAUCAUGCCUUUUUCCGCCUGUUCGAAGAACCCAAACCCAAGCCCAAACCCGUUUUGUUCACCAGGGGUUCUUCUUUUAGGUUCAGUGGCCGCACACAAAGGCAGGUGAUUGAUUAUGUAAAGGACUCUGAAUUUAAAAAGGUUCCUUUUGAAAGAAAACACAGUAAAAUCCAGUCUAACAGCGGCCUUUCUCCAUUCCCACCCAGGCUGUGUGUCGAGGGUCAAGGAGAGAGGAAUGCCAGCGCUUCAGGACACCAGGCCGACUCACCUGCUAGGCGCACCCAAGUGACUGUUGAAAACCCAGCUCUCCAGCAUUACACUGGGAGCCUAACUUCACAGACCAAUGGAUGCCGAAACGAGACCCACGACGAGGCGGAUGCUCUUUUAAAGCCAUCCCCAUCCAAGCAGCAGGCCGAGCAUCUGAGCACAGGUCUAGCAUCGCAUGCUGCCAAGGGUCCAGUUUCCAGGAGCCCUCAGCACAGUGAGUCUCCGUCUGCAGGCCAGGCGAUGGUGAAUGGCCAGAAACAGAGUCUCAGUCUGGGCCAAAGUCCUGAAGGACGACAGCCUUCGCCUCUCACCAGCCCCUUACUGACGGACGCCGGCUUCGUCCGCACAGACGACGAGGACGAGGUUCGGAGGAAGAGGUUCCCGACUGAUAAAGCGUACUUCAUCGCCAAAGAGCUCCUGACCACAGAGAGGACGUAUCUGAAGGAUCUGCAGGUCAUCACCGUGUCCUUUCAGAAGUCCAUAGGGAAGGACGAAGCCAUGCCGGACUCCUUGAGGAAUCUCAUAUUUGCCAAUUUUGAGCCAGUGUAUAAAUUCCACGAGACGUUCCUGAAUGACGUGGAGCAGCGUCUCGCUCAGUGGGAAGGUAGAUCUAAUGCACACAUCAAAGGAGACUACCAGCGCAUUGGAGACAUCAUGCUGAAGAAUAUCCAGGGUUUGAAGCUGCUCACGGCUCAUCUUCAGAAGCAUUCGGAGGCACUGCUGGAGCUGGAGCGCACUUGUCGCUCGUCCCGGAGGCUGGAGGGUCUUUGUCGAGACUUCGAGCUGCAGAAGGUGUGUUACCUGCCGCUCAACAUCUUCUUCCUGCGGCCGCUGCAUCGCCUCAUGCACUACAAGCAGAUCCUGGAGCGCCUGUGCAAACACUAUCCUCCAACACACGACGACUUCAGAGACUCGCGAGCUGCGCUUGCGGAUAUUUCUGAGAUGGUCGUGCAGCUUCACGGCACCCUCAUCAAGAUGGAGAACUUCCAGAAGCUUCUCGAGCUCAAGAAAGACCUCACUGGCGUCGACGAUCUCGCCAUUCCUGGACGGGAGUUUAUCAGGCUUGGUUGUCUCAGCAAACUCUCUGGAAAAGGUCUACAGCAGAGAAUGUUUUUCCUGUUCAAUGAUGUUGUGAUGUACACGAGUCGAGGGAUGACGUCCUCUAAUCAGUUCAAAGUGAACGGCCAGCUUCCUCUGUACGGCAUGACGAUUCGUGAGAGCGAGGAUGAGUGGGGCGUCCCGCAUUCCUUCACUCUGUUUGGACAGAGACAGUCUAUCGUCGUGGCCGCCAGCUCAGCGUCUGAGAUGGAGAAGUGGGUGGAGGACAUGAAGAUGGCCAUUGAACUGGCGGACACAUGCAACGGCUCCUCGGCUGAGAUCCUGUCCAGCAGUUUCACUGACAGCAAAUCCCCGGAGGAAUCUAGCGCCGACCAGGAGUCAGAAGACGACCUGAGCGCCUCGCGGACGUCUCUGGAGCGGCAGACGCCUCACCGUGGUAAUACCACGGUUCACGUGUGCUGGCAUCGCAGCACCAGCGUGUCCAUGGUGGAUUUUAGCGUAGCAUUAGAGAAUCAGCUUUCUGGGAAUCUGCUGAGAAAGUUUAAAAACAGCAACGGCUGGCAGAAGUUAUGGGUGGUCUUCACCAACUUCAGUCUGUUCUUCUACAAAACACACCAGGAUGAGUUUCCUCUGGCCAGCCUUCCUCUGCUGGGAUACUCCAUCACCGUUCCCUCAGAGUCCGAAAACAUCCACAAAGACUACGUCUUCAAGCUUCAUUUCAAAUCACACGUCUAUUAUUUCAGAUCUGAGAGCGAGUACACCUUUGAGAGGUGGAUGGAGGUGAUCCGCAGCGCCACCUGUUCAUCCAGUCACAUCCGCUCUCUGAGCCGCAAAGAGCCACACAUCUACUGACCAAAGACCGUUCUCAAUCAGGUCCUCUCUACACACUUCAAUACGGUUCUAAUGGAAGAUUUUCGUGUUUUAUAUCGUUGUUUCACUUUAAUGAAAAACUGAGAAGGCUUUGAAGGGUUGAGAUGGAGGCCAGUGCCAGAAACAUCAGGUCAAAGCCAAACACUUCCAGAUCUACAGUCAGUGAGCAAAGACACAGUCCUCGUUCAUGAAUGCCAGAGCUCAUUUGUGUAAACCAUGCAUAACAUUUACAAGAAAGCUUUCAGGAAUGGUUUAUUGAAUUGGAAUGCAAUGGGUAUGUUGAAUGGGAUGAUUUGUUCUUAUGGAUGUUUUAUUGGUUUGUAUGUGAGAGUGUUUUAUUGGAUGUUUUGGUGUACUUGAGACUGGUUUUCUGGAACUGAAUGCAGGGUUUAAUCUGGGAAAGGUUUGGUGAACAGUUUACAUGUGAGUUUGUUCUGCUGGUGUUUCAUGAAUGAGGCCCGAUGUCUGUAAACGCUGCCAAGCUGACCUUUUUAAAUGUAGGAACACUACAGCUUUUAUUACUGACUUUUGCUCUGAUAUUUAUAAAGGGUGAUGCUUUCUGUCUACAUCUCAGUGAUAAAAAAGGAAAAAAAUCUGGGGGGGGGGGGGGGGGGGGGGGGGGGUGAAGGGCAGGUCAUAUCUCACCCCAAAAUUAAUUGAGAUUAAUUUUUUUAUUUUUUUUUAUUAAUUUUUUUUUUUUUUUUUUUUCAUUUUUAGGACUUUUUUUCUGAACUUUUCUAUAUUUUAUUGCAAGAAAAAAAUAUUACAAUUGUUACUUUACAUAAUGGUAUUAUUUGUUGUGCACAAUUAAAUUUAAUCUGAUGAUCGUAAUAAAAUAUAUGAUUUUCAUUACUGUAUUAGAGUGGAAAUUUAGGGAAAAAAUAACAUUAUUUUGCAUCAAAACAAGCAACUUUAAAAAAAAAUAAUAUAUUAAUAUUUUUUGCAUGGAAAAUAGGCUAUUUUUUAGAACCAUUAUUAUCAUUUCAUUUUUUUUCAUGACAAUUUGCCCUGAAAAUGUCAUUAUUGCAAUUAAAAAAAUAAGUACAAUUGUUAUUUGACAUAAUGGUAUUAUAAAAUUUAGAUUGUUUACAAUUAAAACAAAAAUGUCAGAUUUUUAUUACUGUAUUAAAAUAAAAUAUAUAUAUAUAUAUAUUUUUUUUAAAUAUGCUUGUUUUGGUGCAAAAUAAAGCCUCACUUUUCACACUUACUGUUUUCCAAAUAUAAUGAAAUGAAAUGACCUGGUCGUCCCAUAGACCCUCGUCUGUGCACAAGCUGGAUUUGUAAUGUUUUAGACCUGAGAUGUACAGCAUUCUUACAGCACUCAAACCUUUCUUUUGUAGGAUGCCAUUUUUAUACAAGUUUUGAUACUAACUGUGAAGCGCUCCUCACCUGUUUAGUGAGGGAUCAGUACACAUCCCUCAGAGUUGGCCUUUAUUCUGUCAUGGUGCGAGAAAAACAACAAAAAAAAGAAGGAAGCCGGCUGCCUUUUGUCCAACUGCUCGAGUGCCAAAACUCUUCUCUUCAAUCUUUUUUUUAAGCAUUCUUUCUUAAUGCAUAUAUCUAUAUUAAAAAUUACAAUAUGGAUUAUAUGUUGGCGGAAAUGUAUGUUUGACAGUGCGUUAAUGUUAAAAAUAAAUCCAUAUAUAUAUAUAUAUA